AUGUUCAAAAAGAAUAACCUGAACGGGGGUAAUUAUGGCGCAAAGAUUCCAAGAUACGAAGAGCUAGCGAUACCCAGAAUCAGAGUUGAUAGCACCAGUAAACAUGAGCCCUUCAAGGCUUUGUCUUCCAGUCCUCAUAAAGAAAAAUCUAUCAGAGAUUUCCUGACAAUAUAUACGCAAGUAAUGCAGCAAUAUGUCUCACAUCGUGAAUGUCAUCAGGAAUACAAUGUCCAGCGAUUCGACUCAAGCUUCAAGCUCAAGUUCUUCUUCCACAAAUACAAGAAGAAAACGACUGAACGUGUGAAACGUUACAAACGCCUUCUCGAACUCGCAAAACCGAAAUCAAUCGCAUCUCAGGAUCGCCGAAAUUCUAGUACUUCUUUAAAGCGGAUAAAAAAAUCACGUUUCAAAAACCGUAGUCCUCUCAAGCUGUUUAAUUCGGUAAAAGCUUUGGAUGCAACUGAAUAUAUGAAGUGUGAAACUCUCCCAACGAAGAAGUCAGUGCUGGGAUACAAGAUAAGCGAACGUACUGCCAGACUGGCGGAGCCGAGAGUACGUUUCGAAAUGGGAAUCCGAUCACCAGGAACAGUGCAAGAAUCAGCGUUAUUCGCCACAGCAUCGAAAAGACUCGUCGAGCUUGCGACGCCAAAGAAUAGUACGCAGCGAACAAACCUACCGCAAGAAAAAAGUCCAGAAAUAAUAUCUAAUUCCGGCGUUAGUCGAAAUGCUUUACGAGCCACCUGCACCCCAAGGAUCUCGAAACUCUCGGCACCUAAAUGCUCCAAAUCGCCAACUAAUGACAAUGAAAAUACGAAAGCCAAUCAUGGUGAUACUACUGCCGUUCCAAUAAAACCUUCGCCGGCCAAAGAAGCUUCCGAAAAACAGGGAUACAAAAAACGCUUCGUGCUUCACGGGGAAACGAAAUGAACAGUUGCUGGUUUCGAGAGAAUUUUCGAAGAAUUCGAAUGCACCACAUAUCGAUACCUAAUAAUCGGAAGAAAAGC